AUGUCUUCAGUAGACCAUGAGGACCAACUUUAUGAAGCGGACGUCAACGCCGUGAAGAAAUGGUGGACGGACUCUAGAUGGAGGUACACUAAACGGCCUUUCACGGCUGAACAGAUUGUUGCUAAGAGAGGGAACCUCAAAAUUGAAUACCCGAGCAAUGUUAUGAGCAAGAAAUUGUGGCGUAUCGUUGAAGGCAGGUUCAAGGAUGGCGAUGCUAGCUACACGUAUGGCUGCAUGGAGCCAACAAUGCUCACGCAGAUGGCGAAAUACCUUGAUACCGUCUAUGUUUCCGGCUGGCAAUGCUCGUCAACUGCGUCCUCUACCGACGAACCCUCGCCGGAUCUGGCAGAUUAUCCAAUGAACACUGUCCCCAACAAAGUCCAGCAUCUCUUCAUGGCUCAGCUUUUCCACGACCGCAAGCAAAGAGAAGAACGAAUUACUACUCCCAAGGCGAACCGUGGCAAUGUUGCAAACACUGACUUCCUAAGGCCUAUUAUUGCAGAUGCAGACACCGGUCAUGGAGGUCUUACAGCAAUCAUGAAGCUCACAAAGCUUUUCAUUGAGAAGGGGGCAGCAGGCAUUCACAUCGAAGACCAAGCGCCUGGGACGAAGAAAUGCGGCCACAUGGCAGGGAAGGUUCUGGUACCGAUUAGCGAGCACAUCAACCGUCUGGUGGCUAUCAGAGCCCAAGCAGACAUCAUGGGCACCGAUCUUUUGGCUGUCGCCCGCACGGACUCCGAAGCCGCUACGCUCAUAGCUUCCACAAUUGAUCCGCGGGAUCACGGUUUCAUCCUAGGCAUGACGAAUCCAGCUCUCCAGCCUCUGAACGACCUGAUGGUAGCAGCCGAGCAAGCGGGAAAGACUGGGGAGCAACUGCAAGCGAUCGAGGACCAAUGGAUGGCCCAAGCGGGUCUCAAGCUCUUUGAUGACGCAGUUGAAGACAUGAUCAACGCUGGUGUGCACGUCAAUAAAGCGGGCUUGGUCAAAGAGUACCGAUCAGUGGUCAGGGGCAAGAGCAACUCUGAGUCGAGAGCCAUCGCUAAGGGUUUGACUGGCGUCGACAUCCACUGGGAUUGGGACUCGCCACGGACAAGAGAAGGGUUCUACCGUUAUCAAGGCGGCUGCGGAUGUGCUGUAAACAGAGCCAUUGCUUACGCUCCGUAUUCAGACAUGAUAUGGAUGGAGAGCAAAAAGCCAGAUUACAAGCAGGCAGAAGAAUUCGCUAAUGGAGUGCACGCUGUCUGGCCCGAGCAAAAACUCGCCUACAAUCUCUCCCCAUCCUUCAAUUGGAAAGCAGCUAUGCCGCGUGAUGAGCAGGAAACUUACAUCAAGCGCCUAGCUAAGCUUGGAUACUGCUGGCAGUUCAUCACGCUUGCCGGCCUGCACACAACAGCUCUCAUCUCUGACCAAUUCUCCAAAGCAUAUGCUAAGCAAGGAAUGCGUGCCUAUGGAGAGCUUGUUCAGGAACCAGAAAUGGAAGGCAAGAUUGAUGUAGUGACUCAUCAGAAAUGGUCGGGUGCCAACUAUAUCGACAAUAUGCUCAAGAUGCUAACUGGCGGUGUGAGCUCGACGAGUGCAAUGGGUAAGGGUGUUACAGAGGACCAAUUCAAGUGA